AUGUUCAUUCAUAUCCUACUUUUGUACACUUGGCUGUUUCAAAUCAUAGGAGCUUUUCCUUUACAGAAACUUCCUCCCCAACACUUGUCAUCACCCAGUAUUGAAGGUGUACACCAUGGCCAUGCCAAUCAUGCUGUGACUCUUCAGUACUAUCACCCUGAAGCCCAUCGAGUGCUUGGACAAGUAAUGAUUGAUCCAACUGUGGCUGAUGGCUCUCAAUUAACACUCUGGUUAAGAGUUAAUAAACGCCAAAGAUUACGAAUAAAAUGGGAGGGCAUAUCGUGGCAGUUGCUUGGUACCACAGUUAAUGAUUCAUCACCUGAAGCCAUCUAUGCUUUCGAAGGACCUUGGCCACUUUCUCAAUCCUCUUUACCCCAGCCCACUCAUGCUACCGAAGACAACUAUCCAGAUCUGAGUGAAAAUGAUCAUGGAAUUGAAGAGGAUGAUGAUGAAACUCCUAUUCAUAUCGACAAGGUUCAUCCGCGGUGGUUCUAUGUAAGCGCAGGUGACAAAAACGUUGACAAAAAUCAUAACCGUUUAUUCGUCCUCGAGUCGAGCUAUGGAUUGCUUGUGCCUUCAACAGACAUUAAUGGCAUUCCUCCACUUACUCAUAGCUCCAGCCCUAAACCUACUUUUUUGCCUACUUUCCAGCCAACUCUUUCACCGAUUUCUCAGCCUACUUCCAAUGGUCCAGAGCCAAGCCACGGCACACUGCCACAGACAGUUCCAUCCCAUUUACCAGAUCGAAUGCCUAGCGUGCUUUUACGGCCAUCUAUUCAAAGAAAUGGUGGAUCUCACGAUAGCAGCGAUAGUGGUGUAGGCGUUCAAGGACCUACGAGUGGUGGCAGUAAUCCCGAUACUGGAUCGUCUGGCUCACCUCCAAAACGCAAGCCUUUCACAUCCGAUCCAAAUUCUUCAGGAGGCGAUGGAUCGGCAGGUGCAAACGAUCAGUCUAGCUCUAGUUACAAUGGCCCAUCCUGGCUGUUUCCUACUGUUGUUGGAGCAGGUGUAGUGGCAGUUCUUACUCUCAGUAUGGCAGUAUUUCGCAGAUACCACAGUUCAUCCGCAUCCACCAUUGAUCCCACUCUGUCUCAUUAUCAAGGCAGAGGCUAUAUCACCACAUCAUACAGAUCAUCAGGCACAUCGGCAUCAUUUGAAAGAUCUGCUACAUCAAAGCAACCCGUAUCUAUGGGAUUGUCAGAAACGUUGGAACGAUCAGUUGGUUCUGUAGAAACCGAUAUAGACCAAAGCUCACUCAGCAGCUCUAAUAUGGCAUCGUAUAUGCGCUUCUCAGCUUCAACCAAAGAAGCAUUUGUCUCACCAUCGUCCCAUUCAUCUGCAGAAUCUACAGGCGACAAUGGAUGGAAUUGGGGAGCUUCUCGCUUGACUACUCAUAUUUAAUUUACAGCUGUAUCCACGUAAAAUGGAGUACUUUUCUGUACCAUCUUGCAGUGAUUAUCUCUUGCUUCAGAAUAUACAAUGGUUGAAUGCUCCUUCUAUUGGAUAUUAACUACUUCAAUAAACACAACACCCAUUAUAUGAUGCUUAC